ACAAAUUUAAAUUUGGGACUGUGUCAAAUUGCGCUUGUGUUUUUCUUUUAACUUUGUACUAAUUUGAUUAUAUGUAAAAGUUUUAUACCUAUAACCUAUUUUUAAAAUACUAAAAUGAUAACAAUGUUUUUGUAAAUAUAUAUAAUUUAAACUUCCAUUUUAAUAAAUACUAGAUGAAUAACGUCGUAUUAUACUAAUGUUUUUAACCUAUAAUUGCAAAUAAUUUUAAUUAAUAGAUCAAAUUUAUUUUAUAAUGGCAAACUCAAGCAAUGAUAGAGUUGUCGUUUUAAUAGACAUGGAUUGCUUUUUUUGCCAAGUUGAAACAAAACUUCAACCAGAAUAUGCUGGAAAACCACUUGCAGUUGUACAAUACAAUCAGUGGAAAUUAGGAGGGAUAAUUGCUGUUAAUUAUGAAGCAAGGGAAUAUGGUAUUACAAGACACAUGAGAGGUGAAGAGGCAAAAGAAAAAUGUCCAGAUGUCGUUUUAGCUAGUGUACCAUGUUUUCGUGGAAAAGCUGAUACAUCAAGAUAUAGAAGUGCUGGUCGUGAAGUUAUUAAUGUUAUAAAGAAACAUUGCAAUAUAAUAGAACGUGCUAGUGUGGAUGAAGCAUAUUUAGAUAUUACUGACUUGGUUUGUAAAAGGAUGUCUACAUAUUCUAUUUCUUUGAAUCAUUUAGUGACACAGCUUUCAAAUACUUUUGUAGUAGGAUAUUCAGAAGUUGGAAAAAAUGAUGAAGAAGAGAGAAGUAAAGGCACAAAAACUUGGAUAAUGAACGUUUUUGAGAAUCUUGAAGACAUAAAAGCACAAAAACUUGCAAUAGCAGGACUUAUAGUUGAAGAAAUAAGAGCUGACAUAUUUGAUAAAACAGGAUUUAGAUGUUCUGCUGGUAUUGCAGGAAACAAGAUAUUGGCUAAGUUGGCAUGUGGAUUGCAUAAACCAAAUCGACAAACAAUAUUACCUACAACUGCAGUAUCAACUCUGUAUUCGACAUUGCCAAUCAAAAAAGUUAGAAAUCUUGGUGGGAAGUUUGGAGAUGUCGUUGUUGAAUCUCUCAAUUGUAAUGUUAUGGGUGAUUUAGUGCAGUAUUCACUGCAAUAUUUACAAAAACGAUUCGAUGAAAAAACAGGGUUAUGGUUAUACAAUAUUGCUCGAGGAAUAGACAAUGAACCUGUUAAUAUACGAUUAGUAUCAAAAUCAAUUGGGGCAUGUAAAAAGUUCCCAGGAAGACAAGCUAUUAUCUCAUUAGAUGUGUUAGAACAUUGGGCUGGUGAAUUAUCAGCAGAAGUUUGUGAACGUCUUGAACAAGAUCUUGAAGAAAAUGAGCGACGAGCAACGUUAAUGACAAUAUGUUAUCAGUAUUAUCAAAAUAAGGCUACAGUAUCACAAUCACGUUCAUGUACUUUAAAUUCAUAUAAACCAGGAAAUAUGGCAAUUCGUUGUGUACAAAUCAUAUCUAAGUCAACACAAUGUCCAAUUGCAUAUUUAGGUAUAUCAGCUGGUAAAUUUAUAGCAGCUAAAGGUAGCGGAAAUUUUCGGAAUUUCUUUAAAUCAAACGAAUCAGAGCCUCAUAAGAGAAUAGAUGCACAAACAGAAAAUACGAAAGUAGAAAGUAUAUAUUCAGUAGAAAAUAUUACUAAGAAAAUAAAAAGUGAUUUAGAUGUCGAUAAAAUUAUUAAUGUAGAUUCUAAUAGUGAUGAAAUUAACAAUGCAUUAAGUAAUAAACUAAAACAUGUUGGGAAAAAAUGUUCUAGAAUAAGUGCACAAUUAGGUGAACAAAGUUGUAAUAUAAAAACAGAUUGGUCUCCUACUUCCAGAAGAUUAAAUAAUUUAAUCAAUUCAUUAAAUGAAGGAAAUAAAAUAAAAACAUUUUAUGAAAAGAAGACAAAUUGUUUUAAUUUGAAUGAUCCCUUAGAUCAAAAUGAUUUUAAGGAAUCAUUUUUUAUGAAUGUUUUCAACCCAAAAGAAAGUAAUUUAAAAGAUACACAUGUAAAUGAUAUUAGGUUGAUUGAAUUAAACGACAAUGUAAAUAUAGAUAUUGAGUUUGAAAAUGUAAAUGAAGAUAGUGUAAAAAAUGAGAAAAGUAAUUUUGACGAAAAACUGGAUUUGAAUAUGAAGGAGAAUAGUGAUAAAAUGUAUACAAACAAUGAAAUGGAAAAUGGGCCAACUUCUUCAAAUAUAAAAUUAAAUGAAAAUAACAAAAUGAUUAAUGAACAAGAUAUACAACUAGAAGAAAUAUUUCCUGAUUUGAGUAAUAUUGAUCCUACUGUAGUUGUAUUGUUACCUUCAUAUUUACAAGAAAAAGCAAAAUUAUAUAUGAAAACAGAAAGUAAAAAGGAUAUUUCAAAAGAAACUAUAGUGAAAAUGUUGAAGGGAAAAAAUAAAUCUAAAACCAACGCUUCAAAAGGAAGAAGAGAUAAUGAUAUUUCUAGUUUCCUAAUUAAAAAAAACUCAUCUAACUCAAUUGAAGUUCCUUCUAAACAAUGUUUAAAAUGUUAUCAAAUGAUACCUAUAUUAAAAUAUCAGGAACAUUGUGAUUUUCAUGUGGCUGAAAGUCUGCAAUGGAACUUAAAUAAUUCAGUAUUACAUACUACAAAUAUAAAAAGGAAGGAAAAUACAAGUGAUAUAGAUACCAAUUCUAUUAAACGUCGAUUAAAUGCAAAUAUUUUAAAUUCUCAUAAGAAUCAUAAAUCCAUAUCAUCAUUUUUUUCGUAAUAUGAAUUGACAUUUAUAUAUUAUAUUGAUAUAUUAUAUCUAUCUCAACGAAAUAAAUCUUAAAUAAAUAUUUUAUGUAUCAUUUGUAAAAAUAUAAUUACAUUUUAUGAAAUAU